AUGUCUUUUGAACAGGAAUAUAAUAAGCUAGUCUCUAGAAGGGACGAACUUCAGAAGCAGGAAAUAACGCUAAGGAGAGAAUUUACUAUUUUACUGCGGAAAAUUGCAAGUAUCACUGCUGUUUUAGAUACUUUAGAAGACGAACACAACUGGGAAACGAAGAAUUUAUUAGAUAGAACGAUUACUAAGGUUCCUGAAUUACGGGCUAUUGCAGAGUCAUUGGAAGCGCUGGAUGAACUACCGCCGGAGCAGGUCGAAAUUCCAGAAAAACUGAUGCACUCAUAUGAGCUAUUUAAAAAUACGCCUUUGCUAUAUAAGGAUAGUCCGAACCUUGUGUGA